AUGAUUCCUAAGCAAAGAAAAAUUGUCAUAUUGGGCUAUCGGUCAGUUGGUAUGUAAACAAAAAAAUAAAUUAACAAAUUAAUUGCAGUAAAAUUCGGCUACAAUCUGUUCACAGAUCAAACAGGCUUUUCUUGUUCUAACUGAUGCUCGGUUGUAGUGAUUUUUACUAAAUUAAGUAAUUGCAUUACAUUGCAAUGAAUAAUAGAAAAUUAGUUAUUAAAUAUUUUCCCAAUUUAUUUUAAUUAACAUUACUGUCCUAGGUAAAUCGUCAUUAAGCAUCCAGUUUGUUUAUUCAGAUUUUAUUCAAUCAUACAAUCCCACAAUUGAAAACAGUAAGUAUAUGAUCUAUUCAUAUUUCAUAAUUUAUUACUCUAAAUGUCCAAAUUAAUUGUCAUGUAUAUAACUUAUUUAUGUUAUAGGUAGUAUCAAAAGGUGGCUAGAUAUUGUAAUCUGAACUUUAUUUGAUAUAAAUAUUUAUUUUUUUUUUUGUAGCUUUUGUGAAAAUAACAACAAUAAAUAACGAAGAAUAUGAAUUAAAUUUGUUGGAUACAGCUGGACAAGACGAAUAUUCUAUAUUGCCCAUGCUAUAUUUUAUGGACGUUCAUGGAUAUAUUUUGGUAUACAGUAUUACAUCUCGAAAAUCUUUUGAAGUCAUAAAAACUAUUUAUGAUAAAAUAUUAAAUUUGAAUGGAAACAUAAAGUAAGAAACUUGCCACUUUACUUAUUAAUUAAUAUUGUCUAAAUUGUUUAUGGACAUACUAUAGGUUACCUAUAAUUUUGGUUGGAAAUAAAAAAGAUUUGUACAUGGAACGUGUUGUCACAGAAGUAGAAGGCCGAAAUUUAGCCAAUUUGUGGAAAGUUGAGUUCUUUGAAGUUUCAGCAAAGCAAAAUGAGGUAAUUUCAAAAAAAUGUUAUUUGAAAUCCUUUAUUGUUUUUUUUUAAUGUCAAUAGCAUCCAGUUAUUUAUUUUAUUACAUUAUUUUCUUAUGAAAUGACAUCAUUAAAAAUCAAAUUUUAAUAUAUAUAUAUAUAUAUAGUUAAAUGAAUAUACAAUAGUAAAUUAAUAAUAAUUUUAUUGUAAGACCAACUAUCAUUGAAACAUUUGUUUUUUUUACAGUGUGUUUCAGGCCUCAUUCAUAAUAUGGUAAUGGAAAUUGCAAAAGCUAAUAAUAAAACACAAACUAAUCAAAAUAAUUGUAAUAUAUUAUAAGAACACAUAAGCCAUAACAAAGACUAUUUUAUUACAAAUUAUUAUUACCAGACUUAUAGUAAUACAGUAAAACUCGAUUAAGAUGCUCUUCCACAUAAGACGCUAUGUCCUAUACAUUUCCUUUACAUUUCUAAUGUAAAAAUCACCUGUUAAGACACUCGGUUUUUCUUUAUCUAAUUGGAUAAGAUGCUAUUUUGUUCAGUAGAUUACAAUAACUUUUAGUAGUUGUAUGAAAAUAAAAAUAGUAAUACCCAUCAGAAAUUCAAAAAGUAUUAUUUUCUGUAGAAAAUGUUGAAGAAAUGUUAAGUUAUGUUAACAAAAUAGAAAAAUUUCUUGUUAAAACACAUUGUCAGAAUCUCAAGAAAACUAAAAUCGAUAAUUUUUUAAAUAUAAUAAAAUAGAAAAAAUAUUAAUAAUAUAUAUGUAUAUUGUAUAAAUAUAUUAAUCAUUAAAUUAUGUUCAAUAAUAAAAAAAAUUAACUUUAUAUUUUAAUUAUUUAAUUUUUCAAUGGUUGCUUAAGAUAAGAUGCUCUAGAGAGCUAGUCCAUUAAAGAGCAUCUUAAGAGAGUUUUACUGUAUUUACAUGUACAAUGAACAUUAUAAUAUUAAUUCAAUAUGCCAUUUAAGAUUUAAUUUUAUGUUAGAAUAUUUUCAUAGUAAUGUGAAACUAAUCUGAAUUAAAAUGUAUUCAAAAUUCUAUUUUUUACUAUCCCAUAUAAGGGCUAUUUGUCAAUUAUAUUAUUGCUGUGCUAUUAUUUUGUAUAAUUGUUGAAUAACUUUGGGGUCAAAAAUAUAUUAUGUACCUAUUUUUCUGUAACUUGAUCUUAUUUUUUAUACCUGUAAACAACAAUAAAUACCUCAUUAUUUUCUUGGUUUACCUUAUCUUGGUUACCUAAUAAAAAAAUAUAAAAUUUGGCACGGGCAGCUAGUACUACUAUAACUAAUUAAUUAUUUUUUUACAAUAUAUAAAAACACUAAAAAACUGAAAAUGCUUGCAUUUGUAUAUAUAUAUAUAUACAUAUAUAAAACAAAUGAUAAUAACUGUUUCACUAUGUAGAUAAAAUAUAAUAUUAUUAUUAAACAAUAUUAAAACAUUAUUAAAAGAAAUAUAAUGUACAUAAAUAUAAUAGGUGUAUUAUAAAAUUAAUUCUUAAAUUUACAUACUUUUGUUUUAUUUUUUUGGCUUCAAAAAUUUCAUUGUUUUCAGUAUUUAAUUCAAUACAAUAUUAAUGGGUUUUAAUAGUUCUAAUGGUUUCUGAAACAGCAUCAUCAAAAUUAACUAUAAAAUUAUAUAUGAAUAUAGUUUCAUACAUGCACCACUGGUAGAAGGACAGAGCAGAAGAAGAAAAUUAUAUAAUUUUAUGUAUUCAUUUCUAAAUAAUUUAAAAAUAUAAUAGAAUAAUAUUAUUAAUUAUGGAGCACAAGAAUUAAGAGUAGAAAAUACAAUUGUUUUUUCUUUGUCAAGCAUAAAAGAAUUUGUAUAGUAAACUAUUGUAAAAUAAUGUUGACAUAAUAAUAUAACAAAUUGAUUUAAUAUUAAUAUAUAACCUGUAAUUAGGACUCUUGAAGUAUUUGUAAUUGAUAUGGAUAAUGGUGUACUAAAAUUAGUUGUAGAUGUACUGUCCAAAUCUUCAAUAUUUAUCUUUUCUAACCUGCAUAUAUUUUUUUAAUUGUCCUUUAUAUUAUCCAUGCUCUCUGCUAUAUAAAUGUAUUUAUAAAAAAAGAUUAAUAUUUGAAAUACAAUACUUUAAGUGAAUAAAAUAUGCACCGAAGAAUCAUUUAAUUGUUAUAUAAAUACAAAUAUAACAAUUUAGAUAUCAUUUUGUAAAAAGUUUACCUAUCUAAUAUUAUUUGUACUUACCUUUAACAACAUAAUAAAUUGUAUUUAAUCAAUAAAUAAAUUAAUACUUGUACAAUAAUAAAUUGUAUUAAAUAUAUUUUAAGAAUUUCAAACCAUGUGUAAAAACCACAUUCAAAUCUAUUAGGUUUUGUUUGUUUUUCAAUUUGCCUAGUUAGAUCUAAAUAUGUUAUCAUAUGAUUUUCCAUUCUUUGGUAAUCGGUGUGAUGGAACAGCUUUUACUGUACUUUCUUUUUUGAGUACUACAAUGUUAUAGGUCAUAUUUACAAUAUUUACAAUGAAAGUAUACUAUAAAGGUAUGGGUGCAAGUAUAGUAAGUAAUGAAAAAAAAAGAAAACAGAAAUGGAAAUUGGAAAAAUUAUUUUUUGAUUAUUUUUCUCCAAUAGCAUAACUUUUUAAAUUCUUAAAGAAAUCCAACUUAACUCUGUGGAGAAUUUGUCAACUAUAUUAAUAUUUAAAAUAGUGGAACUUUUUGGGUUUUCAUAAAAUGGUAGUUUGAAAAAAAAUUUCAACUAUAACUAUUUCAUUUGUAAUAUUAGUACCUAUAAGCUAUGUUUAAUAUUUCUAUUAUAGGAUUAUCUUUAUACAAGAUCUCGUAAUAAAUAUCAAUAUAAUAAUUAUUUUAUUUAAAAUUGUAUGAGAAUACUUACAAAGUGACUUUAGUUGAGGAAAGUAACUAACUUCCAUCCCUAACCAAAGCUAAUGAGAUGCAUGUAAUCUAACGCAAAUAUGUUAACAAUAUUUACACUGGAUAAAUCUGAUAGUAGAGAUAUUGUAGAUCUUAAAUGAUGUUCUUCAUAUUUUUUCUUAAUUUCAUUUCUUGUUGAAUAUGGGAAACAUAAUCGAUUUAAAAUAUUCCCCUUCUUCUGAACAUCAUGUACAAAAGUCAUAACCAUUAUGCCCUUCAACUUUUAGCAUACAUUUUUUAGCAAAUGAAUUUUAAAAAACACAUCUAUAAUUACUUUUAAGAUUACUCUAAUUAUAUAAAUACCAUUUUUCAAUAAUUCUUUUGCUAACAUAACAAAUUCAUCUAAAUAUAAAUUAGAAUCAGUAGGCUUCUCAUGACCCCAAUAAAUCCCAAUUGAAAAGACAGAUAUUUUAAAUGGGCAUAUGUAAACUAAAAUUGGCCAUAGCUGACUAAAACUGAUUUUAAAGAUUGGCAAUUCAUCAAUUUCAAUCACUAUUUUAUCACAUCAAUAUUAUUAGUUGAAUUAUAUUUAAAAUGAUCUUGAAUGAACAAACAAAAACCAUAACAAUAUUAUAAAUCAGGACUAACUGAUGUUAAAGCAUUAUUUGCCUCAUUAGGUUUUUCUUGUUUUUAAUACAGUAUAAGAUUCUUAAGGAAGUGUUGUUAGAAUUGGAACUUUUUUUAAAAUUAUCAAUAAUCCAUGCAAAAAAUUAUGAGGUAUAUUGAAUUGUGUUGACCACAUAACUAAAUCCCUUUUAAACUCAUCACAUAUAUUCAUUGGUUCAGUUAGUAUAUUAUAUUCAUCAUUCUCAGGAAAAUGUAAAAAAUAACAUAAACACUUUGUAAGGAAAUUAAAAUUGGAAAAUUAUUAGUAUAAUUGAAAAUGUAAUAGUUUAUAAAUUAUUAUUUUUUGAAAAAUUAAUGCAGAAUUAAAACAAUGAACAGUUGUCUUUUGUAGUAGUAAACUUUAGACUAUUAAAAUAUUCUUUUGAUUUAUCACAAAUAACAUUAUCACUAUUAGAUACUCACUUUAAUUUAUACUAGUCUAUAAUUGGCAAAUCAAAAAUAACAAAAUCAAACACAAUUUCAAUUUUGGUUUUAAACCUCCUUUUUUUUGUUCUUUCAUUCGUUAUCAUACAAUAAUUUCUAUAUGAUUAUCUAGUUUUUAAUAAAAAUUGGAAUAAAACAACUAAAUAUAAUAAUACGAACCUAUAUACUUUAUCUAUAGGUAUUUAUAGAAAUAUAUUACACAAUAACAAUAAUAAUCAUACUAAAAGUCUAUAUAGGUAUUAGCUGAAACAAACGUGUACAUACUUGCUUAUUAUUUCAAUUAUGUAUUAUUAAUCUGCAACAAUAGUAAAAUUAUUAUGCUGAAUUCAUAAACCUAGGUAUCUACUCAUCCUACUCAUUUUAAUGCUCUUCAUAAUACUGAAAACUGUUGGAUAUCAGACUGCACACCCUAACAGAACAAGGAUAUAUAUGGGCUAUAAAUGGGAUUUCUACAAUUAUCCUGUAUGUAUCCUAGGAUUUUAGUAGAACCAUCCUCUAUAUAUUCCAGGAUUUCCCAGCAUAUCCAUAGGACAUCCUCAAUUCUCAUGUCCACUAAUAAAAAUCCUCAGGAUGUCCCACACAGAAUUAAGAAUAUUGAUUCCUAUAGAAUCCUAUUCAUAUAAUAUAAAUAUCCAGUUAGUAACGUGGAUGGUUCCUAUAUAUAUCUUGUUAAUAACCUGAGUGAGUCCCUAGUAUUCCCAUUAAAAUCACAGAAUAGCAUACAUUAUAAUUAAAAUUGAAUAUCUCUAAUUAAAAAUAUAGUUCACUUAAUGUAUUUUAUAACAGAAUAGUUUUUAGGUUUUCAAUAAAAUAAAAUAAAUCAGUUAAUAAAAAAAAAAAGAGCUUUAUUAAUUGAAACUAUUGAAUAUUCCACAAAAAAUAUUAUUUAUCAUAUUUUCAUUUUGUUUUAAAACAAUUUAAAAAAACAAAAUCUAUACCUAUAAUAAAAAAUAUAUAAAAAUUAUAAAUAUAUGGAUUAGUUAAUUAUUUGGCAUUUUGUUUAAGGCUUUCUGAGGUAUGCCUGAGCCAACUCUGAAUUGCUAAAUCCAUAUCUAUGUAUGUAACUGUGUUGAAAGUAAUCUGAAUAUUUUCUGAAAAAAUUAUUAAGCAACAACUAAUGUUAGAAUACUAUCCAUAAUUAAAAUUAGAUGAUGAAAUAUUUAAAAAUAUAUACAAAUUAUACCAGAUAAAUAUUGUAUAACCAUAGCCUGUUCAUUUAAAACAAAACAAACACCUAUAAGAUAAAAAAAAAAACAAUCCAGAUGUAAACAAUUUUGGAUUCCUAAACACAUAACUUUUGACCACUAACACUUAAAAAUAUUUUUAAAAAAAAAUUACUAAGGAUUAAGUACCUAUGUAGCUUUUAAAAAAAUACUUAAUGAUGAAAAGAUAUUUUUUAAUAUUUUUCCAGCAAAUGAUAUCUCAAGCAUGUAACUUCGGUAGUUAAUAAAUAUUUCAUAAUAUUGAAAACAAUUUGUUUAAUAUUAUUAUUCACUAAUAAAUACAAUUCUUUUUUCUAAAAAGAAAUUAUUUUCAUAUUAAUUUAAAUACAAUAAUACUUCAAAAAAAGUAACAUUAUUAUUGUAAAUAAAUUAUAUGUAUAUAAUUUAAAAAGAUAUGUAAAAUCUAUGUUACUGUCACAAAUAAAACUCAAUUGUUGUAUUCAGUUUUUAUUCAAAAUUCUGUAGUGCUGUCAAAUCUUUUGAAAGAAAUUCACAAUCCAAGACAAUAGAAUUAAUAUGGCAUUGAUCAUUUCUACAUUGAAAAUGACAGGCAAUUUGACUAAGCUUAUAAGUGUUUGUAGAGUACUGUUAAUUUUUAAUCUUAUUUCACUAAUGUAUUCAAAUUAAUAUAACUGUCCUGCUGGAUUGGAUAAUGGACCUGUAAACAGAUUUAAUUACAAAUAUGUAAAUAAUAUAAAUUUAUAUUAUAAUUGUUUUAUACACACCACAAGUUAAUUAAUUUAUAGUACACACAUUGGAUGACUGAUUUAAAGGUACAUCAGACUGUUGAAAUCAUGUAUUAUUACCUAAAAUAAAUAUUCAGCAUUAAAUUAACAAAUUAAUAAAAUAUACUUAAAAUUAUUAUUAUAAUUAUUAUAACUACCCAAAGAUGAGAAUAUAUUAUUUAACAAUGGAGCCACAUUUUCACCUAAAAAGUAUAAUAUUAAUUGAUUUAUUAGAAAAAAUACUCUAUUAGUCUACCAAGUCAAAUGUUAUUAACUGUUAUAUUAUUAAAAUUAUUUUAUAUUAUUUCAUUACAAAUUCUUUAGGAGAAACAAUUACUAUAUUUUGUCCAAUAUUUACUUCAUACUUCAUUGAAGCUAUAAAAUCCUGUAAAAAUAAAAUUACAUAAAUAUAAAUAUAACUAGUAUAAGUAAAUUAUGUAUAGAAUAAAAUAUACCCAUAAAUAGUGUAUUUCUGCCAACAAAGUUGUCUUUAUUUUUGUCAUCUAUAAUUGUAUCAAAACUAUUUCUUGAAAUAUUAUCAAUUUGAUUUUGCGUAAAAUUGUCAAAUAAAUUAUUAUCUGUAACUAUGAUAGUAUUUAAAUUUAAUAAAUAAUACAAGCAAACUAAAAUAGUAUUAUACAAACUUUCAAAUAUUUCAGGUGACACAUCUCGGUGCUCAAUGAAAAAGAAUUUUGGUUUUGUACAUUUACUAUUCUGAGAUGUUUUUUGAAAUCUUGAUUGUAUUUUCAUAGCUGAGAAUAAUUUAAAAAACAAACUAGUGAAAAUGGUAAAUUUCUAUUGAUUUUAAUUCACAAUCACCUGGAUGUUAAGAGAGAGAUGGUAAUUUAGAUACUGAAUUUUCACCAGACUCAGGUUCACCAUUACUAGAUUGUUGUGGUUUACUAGCAUGUUGCUUACUUCCCCUCCCCUCCGCACAUUACUAGUCACAAUCAGUUUCUUUUUCUGCCCUUUUCAUAUCCAAUUUGCAAUUUUGAAAUUGAUCUAUGAAACAUAAUUAAAUAUUUUAUUUCAUAUUAUUUAUGCACUUUUUUGUUAGUAUUAAAAAGUAUUUUUAUAUAUGAAUGAACCUCUUGAACCAACAAUAGAUAUAAUUUUAUAAACAUGCCAAUUUUCUUUGGGCUCAUCCAUUUUCACCAAUCAUAUUGAAUAAUAUUAAUUUUAUUGUAAUUGUUAGGGAAAUAUGCAUUUAUAUCAGGAAAACACAUUCAAUUUUUAAUGUAUUCACCUUCUAUAAUACAUUUAGUAUAGCUUGAAUAUUCUUUAUAGUUUUUAACAUUAAUAGCAUAUGACUUUGCAGGUGCAUCAGCUUUAAAUAGUCUGAAAUUAAAUAUCAUCAAUGAUUUUCAUAAAUAAUCUUAUUCUCAAUUAAAUGUUGCACUUCAUUUAUGAAAUCUUAAAGAAAAUUAUUUGUAUUGGAAGGUUUGUUUUUUUUACCAUGGUAGAAUUCUAUUAAAAUAAAAAGGUUAUGUUAAUUAAUAGCACCUAGUAUUAGCCAAAAUUGACUUUAUGAAGAUUAGAUAAAGGCAAGUCAUAUAUAUUAAUUGAAACUUCUAAAAUAUUAUUUACUGUAAUGAUGUCAAAAUAAUUUCCUAGAAAAUUGAUUAGGACUUUUUUUUAUGCUUAAGUUGUGAUAUGUGCCUGAAUUCAUAGUUUUUACUAUUGAAAUUGUGUAGUGUUUGAAGAACAGUCUGUACAUCUAGAGAAUUUUUUAAAGCAACUAUAUUUUAUUUUUUAUUUUUAAUAAACUGCUUAAAGAUUUCAGAUUUAUAUUUUCUCUUAUGGCCCAUUUGGGUAAUUAUUUUAAUAAUUCAAUUCAUCAAUUUCUACAUUACAGUUAUUGAUAUUUUCAUUAUUUAUUAUAGGUGGAACAAGUUCAGUAAAGUUAUUAUUACUGGUCAAUACAAUGUGAGGAACGUUUAAGUAUUUGGGUUUAUUCCUUGUUACAAAUUAGGUGUGCCUAUAAAUGAGAUAGAAGUUUAAUUUUUUAUAACCAGAGCAAUUUCAUUAUUUAUUAAUCUUCUCAAGUGACAAGGAGAAACAUCAUAUUCAUUUUUUCUUACUCUGAAAUCCCCCCCUCACACACACACACACACACACACAAAUAAUUACAAUUUUUAGAAUAGUGUGAACAAUUAAUAAUAUGAAAAUUAUACCUAUUCUGAAAGAAAAUUCUAAUAAAACCAUUAUCAUAUCAUUUGUACAUACAUUUGAACCACAGGUGAUUGUCCUUCCAUUGUGUAUAUUGAAUGAUAUAAUAUUGAAUAAUAAGAAUAUUAACUGAAUGUCUGAAUUAAGAAAACAAUGUACACCAAAAAUGAAAAUGGAAUGAGCAAAAUAAAAAUACGACAAAUUAGAAAUGUACAAUUAAAGUACUAAAUACACGAAUUAACAUAUAUCUUACUGUAACUAAAUGGUAAUGUCGAAAUGACAAUAAUCAAUAACAACUUAUUUGAUAUGACAAAACAGUGUAACAAACAUUACGGUUAUAAAACAUUAAGCUGUAAUGUUGAUAUGGAAGAGGUCAAACGCCGGGAAAGUAAUAGGUAUUAAAUAAGAUGAUCCCAAUAUUGUACAAGACACAUCCCGUGUAUAAGUGCUCUACUCACGUCCUAACUAUGUUCCACAGAAAAAAUAAUAUUCCUAUAGUCUUAAAUUCGAAUUAUUACUAUUCUGACAACUCGGGACACUUCAAGGUUUUUGACAGAACCAUCCCGUAGUAGUCCCGGGUAUAUUUGUGUUGUUAGGGUAGUACAUAAUACAGUGACAGUCGUUUAUCCCGUUCAAGUCAUUUCCAGAAAGAUUAGGUAUGAUAAAAAUAUAAAAUAAUAUUAAUAUUUGAUAAUUCGGGUGAACAGCGGGUAAUCAACAGCUUAUUGUUAAAUACCUUCAACCAAAAUAGUUUAGAAAAUUUGUUUGAUUCUAUUUGAAGUUUAGGACAUCAUAACAUCAGUCCAUCAACUACAGCAUUUUCAUCAGCAUACAACACUCUUAUAAUCAAUAACUAUAUCAACUAACUUACCUGGAAACAACGAAGAAAAUUUUGAUGAAGGCUUUCUUACAAACAUUUGUUUGUUGAUGAAUGUAUUAAUAAUCCUAGUAAUUUAUAUUAAGAACGAAGGGUGGCUAAUGGUUAAUUAAGAGAGAGGUUAAUUAAUAAUGGUGACAUUGAAAACUUAAGAAAUCAAAUCUAAUAUUACAUUGCCGGUUUUAUUGCAAAAGAAUUAAAUGUUAUAUUAUUCAAAGGGUGUGAGCUGUGUGAUCCUAAUAUUGAAUUUUAUUCAUCAGUUCAGAACAUAAUGAAUGAAGUUUGUUGCAAACUUCCUUCAAUUUGUCAUUAUUCCGAUUUAAAAGAAAAAUUAACAUCUAUCAUUUUCCAAAAAUUUGAAAUUCUCUAUCUCAUUUGUCAAACAAUAGCGUGUGUUUUUAUUCUGUGUUAAAAGUAUUGUUUAACACUUAUUCUAUAUUUUUAAAUUAUAUAAUUUAAUUAGCUGUAUUGAAUUGGUGUACUGAAAUUAAUAAAAUUCUAUGUGAUUUAGGAACAGUUAAUACAAAUGAAAAAGACUGUAUUAAAAUAGACGCAGCAAAACAAUUUCUAACAUUCCCAAAAAAAUGUGAAACAAUACCAAAAUAUUGAUUUGUAUUUGUAUAUGUACGGCAGUAAAGUAUAUAAAAUACAUGUUAUUUAAUUUUGUAUGUAUAUAAUAUUGUGUUUUUAAUAUUUUUAUUAAACAAUACUACUUGUAUUAGAAAUUAUUUAUUAUUAAUAAAUACAUUAUUUGUUUUGUUUAAAUAUAUUUAUUAUACCUACCUGUAUAUUUUGUUUGUUUAAAUAUCUACUCAACUUUUCAAUUAGCAAUCAUAAUAUAAUUGAAUAAAAAAAAACAAAAAUAUUUGAAUGCAUAAUAUAAUCGAUACUAACUAUUGAUAGUACAAUCGAUACUGUCGAUAAUAAAACCGAUUUUUCCGAUAUCAGUUGUGUAGUUGUUACACAAUACAUGAGGAGCGCUGAACACACUAUAUACAGUACCAUGUUUUAAUAUACAUGAAAUGUCUAUCUAUUGGUAUACCGAUCUGUGGGAGUAGGUAGGUUAAUGUCGCGUAGGUAUUAUCAUUAUCACAGAACAUCACAACAAUAAUAAUAUAAUAUAUAAAUACAUCUUGAUUAUUGGCAAGGCCUCUAACACCAUUUAGUGUACUCUUUACAAAAUAUAUAAAUAUUUAUUGUAAAAUAGAUAAUAUGUAAUUAAUUUAUUACAUACCCUACUAACAGUCUAAACUUUAAACUGGUUUUAGUUGAUUUUUAUACCAAUUUUGUCUUUUUAAGCGCUAGCUGUUAUGCCAAAAAGCGAGAAGCGAGCAAACGGUUUGGCUGUUAUUAAAGUUGAUUUUUUGUAUAGAAUAGUACAAUUGAUUAAAAGUAAUACUUAACCCGGAAAACACGGAGUAACCAAAGAACAUUUUUAUAUUUAUUCUAUUGUUCUCUUAAUACAGUUUAAUACAAUUCUUUUAAAUAGUACUGUAUUAUAUAACUAAACAUCUGAUCAUAUAAGUUUAACUGACGUUUUUUUUUGUUAUCAGUUACCCUUGGUAAGGUUUUUUUAUUUAUAGUUUUGUGAAAAACGCAGCUUUAAUGGGAGGGGCUAAAUCACAGGUAAACUUAGGUUGUAGCUCUUAUAAUUUAGUGGUAAAUACCACAAGAAACUGAUAAAAAAAAUAGAUCUGACAUUAAGGUUGAACCCUUGACUUUUGUAUAAUUGUUAUGAGAAUAUGAGAUUAUUGAGGAUAUUUUUACCCCAGUAACACGUUCUAUUAUACUUUAUAUCCAUUAUAGGUACUUAGUACUUAUCAUUAAUGAUUGUCUUGUAAGAAGUUACCUGUAACUUAGGUACUAGAUCAGGAGAAAAGAAAACAAUAUUAAAUGAUCUCGCUCAAAAUAAUGGAAGUAUUUGAAUAAUAUCAAUAGGUACCUAUGUUAAUUACUACAUAUGUAUUAGAAUACAUAUCUAUAAUUAGGUGUAAAAUAAUUUCAAACCAAUAUGUUAAAAAUUAUUUACAAAAUAAAUCAAAUAUAAUAAAAUAUGUUUAAAUUAUUGUAGUAGAAUAUUGUUCCAAUUUGUAAAAAAUACAUUUAUUUUUAUUUUUAUCUAAUUUCCGUAUAAAUAUGGUUUUCGGGUAAUCUGGUUUUGAUACUCCGACAAAAGAUCUUAAAAUUUGUAUUACGUGAUCCCAUAUUAUAUGAUAUUCAUCAUGACAGACAUUAAUGAUAUAAUUAAUAUGAUGCGUAAAUAAAUAAUAUAAUAAUACAUUGGCUCUACAACUAUCAGCUGUUUUUUUCUAUCCGCCUUUUCAAUAAGUUCCACGUAGUAGCGUUUCCCUGUCGACCACACAUAUUUAAUCUCAUUUGUGUUUCGACUUACUUACCAAAUUUGUUUCCAUCAAAAUCAUUUUUGACAAUUUGUGUACUAUAAUUUAUGUACCUUCCUAUUCGUAUUAACUUUACACAGUUUUCAUUUGCGAUUAAUUUAAUUUUCAAACGUUACUACAAUCAUGGUGAGUACCCACGCCUAUCAUAAGUUCUUUUACGAAAUAAAUAUAAUUUUUUAGAUAUUUUUUAAUUAAUUAUUUUCUAGAAAUCUAUCUUUACUAUUUUUUCACUCGUCGAUUUUUAUUGAUUACCUAUAGGUACCUUUAUUAUAAUUAUUUGUUAUGCACAGCGUGAAUGUAUCUCCAUACACAUUGGCCAGGCUGGAGUCCAGAUCGGCAAUGCUUGCUGGGAACUUUAUUGUCUAGAACAUGGUAUUCAACCCGACGGACAAAUGCCAUCUAACAAAACGGCCGACUGCGGAGACGACAGUUUUAAUACUUUUUUCAGCGAGACCGGUGCCGGCAAGCACGUCCCCAGGGCAGUUUUUGUUGACUUGGAACCAACCGUCGUGGGUGAGUUAAAUUUUUUUAACUCAAGGGAUUUGGGUGUAAUAUUUAUAUUUGAUAGAUUUUCUUGGACAACCAUUUUUUCGGUUAGUAAAAUUCCUCCAAAAUGUUCACUCUCCGUACGUUAAAAUAUUCGGAUUAUCCGACCAGCGGAAACAUUAACUGUCGUAUAUUUUGAAUAAUAAUAUAUUAUUAAAAAAUUAUGCAUAAAAAAAAGAUUUCCUCGUAUAAUGGAAACGGGUGCAGCCACUGUUGUUGGUAAGAAGUUGGAAAGGUGGGAUAUAAAGGGAUAAUAAAUUUGUCUCUGUAAGCAACGAUAAACUAUUGAUUACUAAAAACGAUUCUGGGCGAAGUGCAAUUGAUAGUAAUGCUUUGUCAACAUAAUAUAUGUCAUAGUAAAAUAAUUAAAUAAUAAUCAUAUAAUUUCUUUAAUAAUAUUUCUUAAAUAUAGUUUCCCGUUUUUUCCAUAUUUUUUUACGGUAUUUCACAUUUACUGCGAACAUUUUUGGAAAAAUCGAACAACAACUUCCCCAGUCAAAUUUUCUUUUUAAAAAUGUGCUAUUUUUGAACAUCUGAGCAAAAUUUAGAUUCUGAGAGUAGCGAAUAAUGUACUUGGUUGUACUAAGAUGAUUAUUCUUUUUUUUAUCCUGUGUACAAAAAUUCGACUGUAUCUUGCUCAGAUAUAUACGCGUGGCACCAUUUCUGAAAGGGAAUGUUAUCCAGAUCGUAAAUUUUGGGAGGUAAUUUUGAUUUUCCAAAAGGUUUUUAUAAUAUCUGGGAAAAACCAGAAUAAAACAUAAGAAAAACCGGAAAUGUACGAAAUUAACGCUUUUAUUAUUUUAUACAUUUUGUUAUUUGUUGUGAUUCAGUCAAAAAUAUUCGAAGAGACUCGAAACUUAAGAUAGAAAACUUUUAUUUGCCUUUUCUAGACGUGGUAACAUUUUCAAAACAUUUGAACUAAAUUUAAGCUAUGUAUAGACAAUUUAAUUUUGUGAGUUUUGUACGUAAUUUUUAUUCGGUGGGUACUCUGUAGUAAAAUUGUUAGACUUAACUAUAAUGCUUGAAAAUUUAACAGGAUGUUCAUUAAAAGUCUUACUUUGUGGUCAAAAAAAUAAAAUUUGAAUUUAAUAUAAUGUUUUUUUUUCAUAAAGGAAUUUUAAUAUUAAUCUUUGACGAAAAUCGUUGACUAAAAAAUUAUGUGGAACAAAUCUAAUUUUAAAAUUUUUUUUUUAACAUAUGUAUAAUACCGAUUUAUUAACGAUGAUGAAGUUAGAAUUGAGCGGACUAACUAAUUUUCGAAAUUAUAUAUUCUAUGAAAUUCUGAUAUUAUGCAGAUAUUAUAUGUUAUGUUAACCCUUCACUGUAUGAUUUUUUAUUAAAAAAUAAAAAAAAAUUGUUAAUAGAUUCAAAUCUAUAAAAUCCAUUACAUUUGUUAAAAAAAUAUAAUUAUGAAAUCUAAGUACUCAAUUUGACUCAAUUUUAAAAAAUGCAUGUAUGCACUUUCAUGCACUAUUGAUAUUUUAUGUAAAAAAGCUUGUAUUUUUACAAUUUAUAUAAUAUUUAUUAAUAAAAAAAAACAGUUGUAGAAUAAAAUUAUGAAUAUAUGAUUAUUAUUUAAACACAAAUUAAAUUUUAAAAAUAUUUUCUGAAAAUAAUAAAAAAUAUUAAAAAUUCAAUUAGUUAUAAUGAAAUAAAUCGAAGUAAUUUAUUUGUGUAUUACAACAUAAAAAAUCAUCACGUUUAGUGCAUUUAGCGAAUGAUUGAAAUUUACAUUUUGGUAAUUUACAUACGCGUUGAAUGUUUUCAAAUUGAAUUCUGUGUUGAUGCCUAUCCAAACGUAUUUAUGUUGAUGGCAUUGUUGCAGUUGGUGAUCUUUUUUUCUUUUUUCAAAUUCCUCUAGCAUUUGUUUUUCUAACGAUUCCUUUGUUUUUCUGCUUAUUUUUAAAAUUUCUAUUUCUGUUUGACAAAGUUCCACAGCUAACUGCUCUCCAAAUUGAGUUAGUUUUAAUGGUUUUUAUAACUAAAUAUUGCCAUAUUUAAAGCAUGUUUGUUGUAGCUAAAUGGUUAUAGAUACCUAUAUUCAUUCUAGAGUACGUGAGUUCGAACUCCUGCUUCGAAAAAAUUGUUUGAAAUUUUUUUUUCUCUUUAACUAAACAAAGAAAAAACAAAUACAGUAGCUGUGCCCAUCUGCAAAUUAUGUCCGUCUUUUUCAUAUUAUAUCAAAAAAAUACUCCCGAAAAAAUGUUCCAAUUUUUUUAAUUGAUACCUAAACAUUUUCACCCUAAAAUGUUUCGAUUUUCAACAAUUUUUAAAAAUUAAAAACAAAUCAAUUUUGUUUGGAUUACCUUGGCUGCGAAUAAAAAAAAUACACGACUAAAACUAAUACACUCAGAAUCGUUGUAUCGUUCAAUACACAUUUAAAUAAAUUUAUAUAUAUAUAAUAUCCAAUUAUAAGCUAAAUUACAACGUACUUAUAUCCUAUACCUUCUCAGUUACCCACCUACAAUAGGCCUACCAACGAGCAGCAAAGAAUGUAUUAGCUUUACUAUGAUAUGUGUGAAAUUUGUCUUUAUGUUAAAAAUUAUUAGUAUAGAAUAAGGUAUGCUCCAGUUAAAAAACGUUAAAAAGUUUGUUGUAGUAUUUUGGAUUUAGUGUGUGAAUUAGCGUGGCUAUGUUCAUAAUAGUUUUCAUUAUACUCGGGAAAUCGUAAUAAAAAAAUAGAAAAAUGACAAAUUUGCGGAAAUAAAAGUUUCAUCAUUUUUUAUUUGGUUUUUUAAGUUCAAAUGUUUCGUUUUUUUUUUUUUUUAUAAUUCAGUUGACAAUAAUCAUAUAGACCUAAUAAUAAUGAUUCAUUUCAACUUUCUAAUAAAUUAUUUCGAUUAUUAAAUUAUUUAUAGGUUUUUAAGAUUUUCUAGUUUUAUUUUAGUUUUUAUUUGGUUUUAUGUGGAUAAAUUGUGUGGCUGAACAUAAAUACUGCAAAUUUAGUAUAAAGUUUAAAUAAGCUUAGUUUGAUAAUCGUACUGUAAAUUUUGUCGAAAGUCGUAAAACAUUACAUUUUACAUUAUAAUUUUAAAACAUAAUCUGUAACCAAACUUUGCACAGAUUCGUAUUUUGUUGGAAAUAAUUUACCAUUGUAUAAAGGUAUAAAUAAAACAAUUUCAUGUUUUUUCAUGUUUUAAUUUCCUACAUUUCCAAAUUUUUGCCUAUAACAGAGACAUAUUCACAGUAGUAUCAAAUAUUUUUGAAGUGAAACUUUUUUACGGAGUGUAUGAAAAUAUAAUGUAUAGCGCAUCACGGUCGGCUAUCACAAAACUUAGCUACUAAGAUUGAUGUAAUAGUUAAUAAACUAGAUUGCUAGGUUCCGUAUAUCAGUGGUUCCUAAACUUUUUUGAUUCUCAGUUUCUCACAUCCCAAAAAGUAAAAAAAUAAUCACGCUUCCUAUGAAUAAAUAAAUUACAAAUGUAUUUAUUUAUGUAUUCAAACAUUUUUAUUUUAAUGACAAACUAAAUCAACCAAAAUUAUUAUUUAAUUUCAAUUUAAAAUAUUACAAAAUAUUUGUUUUUUUACGAAGAAAAAUCAAUCAGUAUUUAAUUUUAAUGCGAACAAUGCGCUUGUUUUUCAUUUAACAAGUUAAUUACCCUGAGUAGAGUAUCUUGCAGUGGUAUUUUUAAAUUUUAUUCCAAAACAAAUCUAAUAUUCUAUCGGUUAAAAGACUCUGAAAAAAGUUUCACUUCAUCUGCGCGUACUAGUAACACGCAUUAGUUUGUUUUGUGUGUAUCUAAAAACAAAUUUUCUACCAGAAAUAUUAUUGCUCUAAUCAAAAACUUUACUUACACACAUAUAUCACACUAACUCUAUAAUACUUGCAUCUCAUUUUUUUUCCAGACGAAGUACGGUCCGGUACGUACCGACAACUCUUCCACCCUGAACAGUUGAUCUCAGGCAAAGAAGAUGCGGCUAAUAAUUACGCACGUGGCCAUUAUACCGUAGGCAAGGAAAUUGUCGACCUGGUGCUGGACAGGAUUAGAAAGCUCGCCGACCAGUGCACCGGAUUACAAGGAUUUUUGAUAUUUCACUCAUUUGGUGGAGGUACCGGCGCUGGUUUUUCUUCGCUACUCAUGGAACGCCUGAGCUCCGAUUAUGGAAAGAAAAGCAAGCUUGAGUUUGCUAUUUACCCCGCACCUCAAGUGAGUAUUCUAAUUGUUAACCCGACCAAACUGAAAUUAUUAGUUAUAAAUUAUAAAUUAUUAUAAUGCCUCAAUUCCAUGGGAAUUCUGGGGCAACGGAGCUCAUGACUGGGGGGGGGGUCAAUGGAGGGGAGCUCCAUUGACAGUAGUAUUUUUAUAUUUCUGUUAUAAUCAUAUAUCAUGUGUAGGUCAUAUUACUAUAGUGUAUGUGGUUUAUUUAUAUAUUUUAUUGACUAAGUAAGUAUAAUAUAUUUUAAAAUGUAAUAAAGGAAAUAAACGUGUAUUUUUGAUAUAUAUAAUAUUUUUUGACCCUCUCUUUUGAGAACUCCAGGCUAUGCCACCACCAUUGUAAUAUUUUGCUUCAAUACGAAUUAAAAAAAAAAAGCUAAUACUGGGGACGGAUGUGCAUGCCACUGAUGUAGAUGGGAAAUUGGGAAGGUAGGAUAGAUACAGUUAUGUUAUUUAUAUCUGUAAGCAAUAGAGCUUUGCAUGGUCCAGGUUAUCAAAGAUCGAACUAAACUAAUGAAAUGGUUUUAAGACAGGACGGGUUUUUUUUCUCAUACCUUUUUAAAAAAUAAACUAGACUAUAAUAAUUGAAAUUUUGAUUAUAAUAUAUUGUCAUAAUUGUUAUUCUCGUCACCAAAAACAUAUUUAAAAAUAAAAAAAAAAAAAAAAUGGUUUUCAGAUAAAAAAACUUAAUACAUAUAAUUAUAAUAGGUAAUAAAUGUGUCUUAGAUUACUUUGUCUGUAUGUUGCCUAAGUUUUGUUAGAAUAAAUUACAGAUUAUUCGGAAUUUGAAGUACAGCAUUUAAAAAAAAUGUAUUAAUUACUCAAAUUGUUACUGCAAUUUAACCGAAAAAUAAAAGGAUGAUAGAUUAAAUAUUAUGAUUUAAAUAUUUUAUCUAAACGGAUUGUUCUAUUUGUACUGUUGUUUUCAUAGGUGUCAACGGCGGUUGUAGAACCGUACAAUGCCGUUUUGUGUACGCACACAACUCUGGAACACUCAGAUUGCGCUUUUAUGGUAGAUAACGAGGCUAUUUACGAUAUAUGUCGUCGGAACCUAGACAUUGAGCGGCCUACAUACACCAACCUGAACCGGCUGAUCGGGCAGAUUGUGUCGUCCAUCACGGCAUCAUUGCGAUUCGACGGGGCCCUGAACGUGGAUCUGACCGAAUUCCAAACUAAUUUGGUGCCGUACCCGCGAAUACACUUCCCACUGGCUACGUAUGCGCCUGUCAUAUCCGCGGAAAAAGCUUACCACGAGCAACUAUCCGUAGCCGAAAUCACAAACUCGUGUUUUGAACCAGCCAAUCAGAUGGUGAAGUGUGACCCACGGCACGGCAAGUACAUGGCAUGCUGUAUGCUCUAUCGUGGUGAUGUGGUCCCGAAAGACGUAAACUCGGCUAUAGCUACAAUAAAGACUAAGCGAACGAUCGUAUUCGUUGACUGGUGUCCAACCGGUUUUAAGGUCGGCAUCAACUAUCAGCCACCCACCGUGGUACCGGGCGGCGACUUGGCUAAAGUCCAGCGGGCGGUGUGCAUGCUGUCCAACACAACGGCUAUAGCUGAGGCCUGGGCACGACUCGACCACAAGUUUGAUCUAAUGUAUGCGAAACGGGCGUUUGUCCACUGGUACGUAGGAGAGGGCAUGGAGGAAGGAGAAUUCUCUGAGGCUCGCGAGGACUUGGCGGCCCUGGAGAAAGAUUACGAAGAGGUGGGCAUGGACUCUGUCGACGGUGAAGGAGAAGGUGCUGAAGAAGUAUAA